AAUGCAAAUUUCAAAGAGUGAAUCCACGUGUAUUCUUCGAGAUAGCACCAUCGCUCAAUCUCUCUCUCUCUCUCUCCUCGCCCAACAACAGUCUCACAGUCACUCUCACCGAAAACCAAAACCAUCCAAAAUAACAACAACAUUUGUUGAAUGCAGCAAUUCUUGCAUCUCUUGCAACAACCCGUCCACAAUAAUAAUAAUAAUAAUAAAUAAAUACCCACUCAUCAAUGGCCAAGUCCUAUUGUUACGCUCCUCAUCUUCCAAUUCCACACCUAAGUCAACAUCAACACCGAAGUCAAAAUCAAAAUCUUGUACUAAAACACAAAUAUCCGACUUCUUCACUUCGCCCACAACAAAAUCUCAAAUUUCCCACCAAAUGCCUCCUAUUUCCUUUCCCUCGACGACGACGAACCAAUUUCAAUCUCAAUGCUCUUCAUUCCGAUCCGCAUGAUCAGAAUUCGGUUAAGGUUGGAAGAAAUGAAAGCUAUGAGCAAUGGGAUUCGCUUACUUCAAAAUUCUCUGGAGCUGCUAAUGUUCCGUUUUUGUUACUGCAAAUGCCGCAGAUUAUACUUAAUACCAGAAAUCUUAUGGCAGGAAAUCCAACUGCUCUCUUUGCUAUUCCAUGGCUGGGAAUGCUUACUAGUUUGCUUGGAAACUUGUCACUACUUUCAUACUUUGCCAAGAAGAAAGAAAAGGAAGCAAUGGUAGUGCAGACGCUGGGUGUAGUUUCAACAUAUGUGGUCAUUGUCCAGCUGGCAUUAGCAGAAGCCAUGCCUUUGCCUUCCUUUUUAGCCACUUCAGUUGUUAUAGCGUCUGGUCUUUUUCUGAAUUUCAUGAAUUUCUUUGGCUUACUAAAUGCUGGAAUCUGGCGCUUUUGGGAAGAUUUCAUCACAAUUGGGGGUUUAUCAGUGCUUCCUCAAAUAAUGUGGUCUACAUUUGUCCCCUAUGUACCUAACAGCAUCUUGCCUGGGGCAAUUUCCUUUGCGUUAGCUGUCUUGGCUGUUACCAUGGCAAGAACUGGAAAACUUUCAGAGAAAGGUGUCGAAUUUAUUGGUGGAAUAUCGGGAUGGACAGCUACAUUACUCUUCAUGUGGAUGCCAGUUUCUCAGUUGUGGACAAAUUUUCUCAAUCCUGAGAACAUGAAAGGCCUGUCUGCUUUUUCUAUGUUGCUUGCGAUGCUUGGAAAUGGACUCCUGCUUCCACGUGCUCUAUUCAUUCGCGAUUUCAUGUGGUUCACAGGUUCAACAUGGGCUACCCUAUUCUAUGGAUAUGGGAAUCUUGCAUGCCUAUUCGUUUUAAACAUCAUCAGCAAGGAAUUCUUCUUUGCAGCAACUGUCGGUUUGGUUUCAUGGAUAGGAAUGGCUUUCUGGAGAGACAGUGUAGUGCGUGGUUACAGUUCACCUCUGGCUUCUUUACGUGACCUGGUUUUUGGAUCUGGAAUUUAAAGUUUGUGAUGCUGCACUGGUUGAAGUUCAGUCAUGCUUGAUCCACACUGCAUUGCAAUUGCAACUACAGUACACGAGCUACUGAGUUUUCAAUUUAUCUGUAUAGUACGGUGAAUAAUAAUUAACACCACUCUUCUCUCAUCUUAGGAUUGACUCAUUCAGAUGAGUAUGUUGUAAUUAAUUCCUCACGUUCUAAAUGAUCCAACAUAUGUUAAAAGAACUACAUGAAUACAUUGGACUUGAGAGGUUACUAUACAAUUUGUUAUGUUAAAAGUGAAAUUCAUCACUUUCUAUUGUUUCGUCA